UGUAUCCACUGGAGUAAAAGGUGACUUGAUUGAAGCAUAAAGGAUCUGGAGAGAUCCUAACAGGGUUGAUGUGGGGAGAAUAUUCCCUUUAUGGGAAAAUCGCUUUAAAAAAUAAGUGAUCAGCCUUUUAAAACAGAGAUGAGUUUUUUUUCUCACAAGAGAGGGGGGGGGGGGGGGGUCUUUGGUACGAUCUUUCUAAACGAGCAGAAGCAGAAUUCCUGAAUCUUUUAAAGGAAGAAAUAGAAUCUUGACAAGCAAGUGGGGUUUGGAUGUGGGAUAGUGGAGCGUAGGUGGGUCUGAUGACUAAUCAGAUCAGCCGUGAUCCAAUUGUGUGGUACAGGAGGGUCAAGGGUCUAAAUCCUGCAGCAGCCAAAUUAUUGUGUCGGUCAUAUCCCCUUUUGGCUGGGUGUCAUUUGUCUGAUUACAUUGCUUUGAAGGCACUGUGAUAUUCACUCCGUUAUAAUGGCGCUGUGGUAAAAUCACUACUUCGGUCCUAUCUUUAAAACGCAUCAACUUUUCCGCUUUGUACUUCCAUUUUACAAAGAUUGGAUUGUUCCUGAGAGCACCUUGUUGAUUGCAAAAGCUGAUUCAGGACCAAAAGCCCCAGAUACUGUCGGCGGAAGGUCUUAACCAGGUUCAACGUUCUGAAACUUCAAAGUUGCAUGUCUGCGGAGGGCAGCCGACAGUGCAAUGGACUCAAGCAAUUAAUGUGCAGCCCAGAUUGGACUCGAUGUUACGGCAGAGUGCAAGUGGCCGCUUUUCAGCAUCGGCCGGCGCGGAGAGUUGCUGGCUUUAUCGCCCGUUUUCCCGCACUCGACACCGCCUCGGAGGGAGGAUCUCGGAGGGAGAAGAGAGGGAAGGGCGAAAAGGAAACCACAACCCGGUGGCCGUCAUGCAGCUGAGAACAGCGUGCGCCCAGGAAAGCGCUGUGCUCCUGCUCCUCGGCUGGCUUUGCGGCGUCCUUGCACACAGAGAACACAGUUUCGGGGUCAACCACAACUACAAAAGAGUAAACAAGCACAAGCCAUGGAUUGAGACAUCCUACCAUGGUACAAUAACAGAGAACAAUGAUACAGUUUUUCUGGAUCCACCCCUGGUUGCACUGGAUAAGGAUGCACCUGUGCGCUAUGCAGGUGAGAUUUGUGCUUUUAAGAUCCACGGACAGGAUGUGCCUUUUGAAGCUGUGGUGUUAAACAGAACAUCUGGCCAAGGUCUGAUACUUGCAAAAAGUCCAAUUGACUGUGAACUUCAGAAAGAGUACACAUUCAUCAUUCAGGCAUAUGACUGUGGAGCCAGACCUAGUGGAACUUACUGGAAAAAAUCACACAAGGCAGUAGUGCAUAUUCAGGUGAAUGAUGUCAAUGAAUACACACCAACAUUUAAAGAGACAAUAUACAAAGGUGUGAUCACAGAAGGGAAACUGUAUGACAACAUAUUGCAGGUGGAAGCUGUGGAUGAGGACUGCUCUCCACAAUAUAGUCAGAUUUGCAAUUAUGAAAUUGUCACACCUGAUGUCCCAUAUGCUAUUGACAGGAAUGGCAACAUUAGGAACACUGAGAAGUUGAGCUAUGAUGAACAGCACCAAUACAAGUUUAUGGUUACAGCAUAUGAUUGUGGUCAAAAGAAAGCGGCAGAAAAUGUAUUGGUUCACAUUGAAAUUAAGCCAGUUUGCAAGCCAGGUUGGCAAGGUUGGGAUAAGCGCAAAGAAUAUGAGUCUGGCUCUGGCAGUAAAGCAUUGUUUCCCAACAUCCAUCUGGAGACCUGUGGUGAACCUGUUUCUUCUGUGCAGACCAGAAUAGAUCUUCAGACUAGCCACAUUGGAAAGGGUUGUGAUCGUGACACUUACUCUGAGAAAUCUUUACAAAAAUUGUGUGGUGCCUCUUCAGAGAGUGUGAACUUGCUUCCAGCACCCUAUGGUUUAUCGAACUGGACCUCUGGUCUCCUGCUGGACAGUGGGCAUGACAGUGAUUUGAUCUUCCGGUUUGAUGGCAAGCAUGCUGCAAAGAUCCCCGAUGGAGUGAUACCCAAAAAUCUCUCAGAUCAAUUUACCAUCACAAUGUGGAUGAAGCAUGGACCCAGCCCAGGGCUGCGAGCAGAAAAGGAAACCAUUCUCUGCAAUUCUGAUAAAACAGAGAUGAAUCGGCACCACUACGCGCUCUAUGUUCACAACUGUCGGCUCGUAUUUCUGCUGCGUAGAGAUUUUGAUCAAAUUGACACUUUUCGUCCAGCUGAGUUCCACUGGAAACUGGAGCAGAUCUGCGACAAGGAAUGGCAUUAUUAUGUCAUUAAUGUUGAGUUUCCUGUGGUGACGUUGUACGUGGAUGGAGUCACUUACGACCCAUACCUAGUGACGGAUGAUUGGCCAAUCCACCCAUCACACAUUGACAUGCAGCUCACUGUUGGAGCCUGUUGGCAAGGUGGGGAGAUUGUGAAGCCUCGAUUUGCCCAGUUUUUCCAUGGUAGUCUUGCUGGUUUAUCUAUACGUCCAGGCAAGAUUGAGAGUCGGAAAGUUAUCUCCUGCUUGCAGACUUGUAAGGAGGGCUUAGAUAUUAAUUCCUUGGAGAGUCUUGGCAAAGAAAUCAAGUUCCACUUCAAUCCUGCCCAGUCCGUCCUGGUUAUUGAGGGAGAUGACAUCGACACUGUAACUCGAGCCAUGCAGUUGGUUGCAUACAUUAACUCAAGGCAGUUCCCAACUCCUGGUAUUCGACGCUACACCAUUUCUACCACAGUCCAGUGUUUCGGCGAGGACACUUGUAUCAGUAUCUCCAACAUUUCUGCAUACAUUGUAGUCCUUCAGCCUGUUGAACCAAAGAUUACAAUUAGUGGGUUGGACCAUUUCUCCAGACCGGCAUCUGAAUUUGAAAACAACAGAGGCGUGAUACUCUUCCCAGGCCUCAGAAUCAUCAGCACAAUCCGAAGAGGGCAACACGAAGAUAGCAAAGAAUCCCUGUCUCUAAGCCAGAAGCACUGGAUACAAUUCCCACUCCAGGACUUGAUGGCCAAUGCAAGUUUGUUCAAACAUGGCCAAACAGGGGUGGACACCAUGACAAAUUAUGAACAUGUUCUUCGUAAACUCCGUUACCGUAACUGGAAAACUGCAUCCAUUUUUGGCCGAAGGUUUAGGCUGACAUGCUCAGAGCUCAAUGGACGCUACACAAGCAAUGAAUUCAAUUUAGAGGUGAAUGUUCUGCACAACAUUAAUCUUAUGGACCAUGUUAAUCAUGUGAUGGUUCAGCCCCAAUUCCUCCAGUCAAUCCAUCUUCCUGAUCUUCCAGGUCACAACCUUAAUGCUGCUCAUAGUUCAGUUAUUCCCAAUGCUGCCACAAUUGUCAUUGUGGUGUGCAUUAGUUUCUUAGUCUUCAUAAUUGUUCUGGGGGUCUUCAGGAUCCGAGCAGCUCACCAGCACACUAGUCGGGAAAACGAGAAUGGGAAAGAAAAUGAAAUGGAUUGGGAUGACUCUGCUCUGACCAUUACUGUUAACCCAAUGGAGAACUAUGAAGACCAACAUCACAAUGAACAAGAGAGCGAGGAAGAGGAAGAAGGAGAGGAGGAUGACAUCACGAGCGCUGAUUCGGAGGAAAGUGAGGAAGAAGAGGAAGCUGAGCAUGAAGAUCAGCAGAACGUCACCAGGCGGGAACAGCUUGAGUGGGAUGAUUCAACACUUCCUUAUUAAGAAAUCUCUAAUCUUUCAAGUCCUCAACAAAGUUUUGAUGUCCAGCAAUGUUUGGUAUGGUCAGAUAUUAUUUAGAUUGCUGUUGCUGGUAAUGUGUAAAGAACUUUCAGAUUUUCUGAAUUCAAAAGCAACUUGCAAUGACAUAUCAUCAUCUGGGUCCAAGAGUUAACAUCCAACAAUAGUUAUAAUGCCUAUCUUUCUUUUGUUAUAUCUGAGUGUUCUUUUCGUGGUUAUCUGAAUGUUCUAUCUUUGCGCCAAGAACUAUUAACUUUGUGAAAUCACGUACCAGUAUCUGUAACUUGAAAUUUUCUGAAGUACUUUAUUUAUUUGUUUGUAAUAAAAAAAAUUUCCCUA